UUUUAAAAGCCAUCUGAUUGAAUGUUGAAACGGGAGUUGAAUAGACUAAGGAAAAUGGCUAAUGAAAAAUUACGCCAUCGUGUGAAUAGCGGGAUUGGCAAUUAAGUGCUGUUACAGCUAGUGCGAGAAAGCAUUUUCAAGAGACCGAGAUGUCCACGAGUCGAGAUGUUCGCGCGACAGCAAAGGCAGCUAACUUUAUUUUCUCCGUAAAUUCUCUUUUACUGCGUCAUUUUAGUUCCCGCAAGCGCAGCAGACAAAAUAUUGCCAGCCUCGUAAAGAUCAGACUAGUUUCAUGCUGUGGUACGAGGAGAUGAUCGCGAUCUUCGCGCUGGCGCAAAACUCCCACCAUGGAUGUCUUCGGUACGCGCUAGUUUCGAGGGAGGAUUCGAUAUUUCCACGGCAAAUCGAGUUGGACUUUUUCCGCGACACGAUACGACGCACAUCAUGAUCUCGCGAUCUCGUGAAAGAGAAUAAAUACGACGCAUAUCGUGCGUACAACGAUUGUGUAUCAUCGUGCUACGAUCAUCCCAGAUCUCUCGAAUUGGAUUUUCGCCGGGCUUGAGAGAAGAUCAUCGUUCAACAUGCAAGAUAAACAGUGAAAAAGGAUCGCCAAAAACUAAUAUUUUGAUUCGUGGAUAAAUACACAUCAGAUAAAAUAUAUCGAAAUCUGUCAGUAACCAUAAGCUGGGAUUCAAACAUAUGGGAGAAUGUCAAAACUAACGGGAGAACAUUUCUUUUUACGGAAUACAUUACCACGUGUGGGACAGUGUAAGUGGCGAUGACCUGGCAUGCUAUAAGUUUUGAAAAUAUAAACGUGGAUUCAUCAGUGUAUAAAUAAUCAAGCUUAAUAGUUUAAUUAUCAUGAAAUCUGAAUCAAUCUCGAGAACACGAAGCCGGCGAGUACUUUCGCUAAUCGUUGUCCUAUCACCUGACGCCGAUCGUUCGCCGAUUCCGAAAGAACGAUAAGGAUAAAAUGAACAGAAUGCUUUCGACGAUAGAAAAUAUUACGAGGAUCCUCGAGGAGACUACUGGGGAUACCCGGGGACUCGACAAUCAUCUAAGAUUGUUAUCCACGAUCAAUGACACGGUGGUUGACGCGAAUUCGCGAAACAAAAAUUACUCGAGCGCGAUUACCUUCCUGAGGGAAGAAAGCGCCUUCGAUUCCGAACGUCGGGAUUCCCUAUACAUCGUACUACCGAUCACGAUCAUCUACGUCACAAUCUUCCUCACCGGCGUGAUCGGCAACAUCUCCACGUGCGUGGUGAUCGCGCGCAACAAAUCCAUGCACACCGCCACCAAUUAUUAUCUCUUCAGCCUGGCCGUGUCCGAUCUUUUACUGCUCGUUUCCGGCCUGCCGUCGGAAAUGUAUUAUAUAUGGUCGCACUUUCCCUACGUCUUCGGCGAGGCGUUCUGUAUUAUUCAGAGCUUCGCCGCGGAGACCUCGGCUAAUGCCACCGUUCUCACUAUCACGGCCUUCACCGUCGAGAGAUACGUAGCGAUCUGUCAUCCCUUCAUCUCACACACUAUGUCGAAGCUAUCCCGAGCAAUCAAAUUUGUGGUGGUGAUCUGGCUAUUGGCUCUCUGUCUCGCCGUGCCACAGGCCAUCCAAUUCGGCAUCAUCUACGACUACGUCGACGACUACGCAAUACCGGACAGUGCCAGAUGUUCGAUAAGGUGGAAGCUGAUCGAGCACGCAUUCGAGAUCUCGACCAUCCUGUUUUUCGUAUUACCGAUGACGAUCAUCAUCGUGCUAUACAUAUUGAUUGCCAUCAAACUGCGACGCUCGAGUCUGUUAAACGCCACCGAUAGCAAAAGGCAUAAUGCACCUAGUGGAUUAAAUCAGGAUAAUGGCAGAGGGAAAACGAACGCUCAGAGAAAUGUUAUUCGCAUGCUCAUCGCAGUGGUGGUGGCCUUUUUCAUCUGCUGGGCGCCAUUUCACGCACAGAGAUUAUUGGCCGUAUAUGCGCGGAGCCCCACAUCUUCUGAACCAGAAGAUGCCCUGGUCAUAAUAUAUAUCACCCUCACGUAUGUGUCAGGAGUAUUCUAUUAUCUAUCCGCUACAGUGAAUCCGCUUCUCUACAAUAUCAUGUCUAACAAGUUCAGGGAGGCCUUUAAGUCGAUGCUAUCUAAGAAUUGCGUCAGGAAGUGCUCGUCUCAUAGGAGCAGUCUUCGACAGCCAACUUAUAGUAGUCUAUCGCGGAAUCAGAGAUCCAUGAAGCAUCGAUUCGACGGUGUCCAGCACUCGCCUUCGAUAUCCAUCAGCGACGAGCAGCAGCGAUCGAUGCAUAUCGCGCCAGCGAAUAACAUAAAUUCCUACGAGGUGAACGAACUCACGAAAUCACGGAGCGAGCAACAGAUACGACCUAUUGUCGCGCUUAAGGAGACCGCGAGCUGCCGGGAAUACGCUAGAAGCAUGUCGAGAGGCUCCGAUUCCAGUCAACUCACCAUGACGACAUCGUUGAGCAAGCAGGGCCUUAACAACGAGGGCAACAACAACGUGGCCAUGAACGAGUGUCCGCCGAGGAUACAUAAGUCGCCGAAAGCUGUCAUUUUAGCAGGGAUUCUUACGGAGAGACUGGGUUUCGGGACGAAAGGAUUCUUCGCGCAGCAUCGAACAAAUUCAUCGACUAGCCCGACGAGGCCAAAACCAGAAAAACCGCAAGUCGCGGUAAUAUCGCCCAGAUUCCAGAGUCACCCAAGCAUCGAGAGUGCCAAUACGAUCAGCAAUUCCAGCCUUCAGGAUCUCGACGAAACCGAGUUUACAGGAUCUGAGUUGGCGCGAUACAUGGGCGAAUUGAACUUCGAUCUCGUUACCUGACAAUCGUUCAUCGAGGUGAAACGCUGUCUCUCGAAGUAGAGAUUUUCGCAUGCAGUACCGCAAAUUUAUAGAGCCUUUUAAUACAAAGAUCUUAAUAUGAAGACAGUACAACAUCUAUAUAAACUCAUACGAAAACAUAUACUGUUACCUGCAAUUGAAAAGAUUAGCCAAUUUGCAAAUCUCGAUAUAAUUGUGGAUUUAAGUGCAGGGUGAUACGCGAGAUACAUUGCAUCAUGAGAAUGAAUGGACACAAAAUAUGCGAUAAAUUUGAUUAAAGUCGAUUUUCGUGAAAUUAUUAUCGCAAGAAGAGAAAAGACUAUUGAUCCGAUUAUGCGAAGAUCUGCAGAUAUAGUACAAUAAAAUAAAUAAGGGAAAGGAAAAAGAUAUGUUAAAGUCAUCGCCUGUAAAUCGGGUGUUUUAUAAAUAAAUACUGUCCGUUAUUUUAUGCAAGUAGCCGAAAAUUGCGGCAUAAACAAGAUAAUAAUCGGAUGCUUGAUGUUUAAAUUACAUACAUUUUACUUCUCUGUCCAGCAUAACUGUUAAUAAUGCUAGUCUCUCUCAGGCAGAUAUAAUUUACAAUAUCGGCGUUCCUCUAAGAAUGUAAACAUGUAUAUAUAACAAAUAUAAUGAUAAAAAUGUUUUUACGUUGAUGACGCAAAGUUCUAAUAUAUAAUAAUGUGAAAUGACUUGUCAUCGCGCUUCUUUGUUCAACAUCGAUAUUAAUAUUCCGUGAUAAAUUUAUAUUUCUAAUUGUACAAAAGAUUUUAACGCUAAUCACAAGCAAAAAUUUAUAUAGAAUUAGAAAUCUGUGUGUCACUAUUUUUGAACAGCAUCGAUAAUAUACAUUCGAUCUCUACAAAACUAUAAUUUUUGAGAAAGAUUACUAGUUUUCAUUCCAACAGUUAUUAUUUAUCAAUUAUAAAUAAAAGAAUAAAUUAAAUAUUAUAUCCAAAAUAGAUUAAAAUUAUAGGAUUAUAAUGUUAUAGAUAAGAUUAAUAUUUUUUUUUGCAACCGAUUGCUGGUAAAAUAAAAUUAAAACAAUAUUUAUAACUAAACAAUGCUAUGAUAUUUAUCAUUGAUGUCAUAUACUUGUAUAUAUAAUAUAACUUCAAAUAAACUUCAACAUUUAUUUUUA